CAUGGUGUGUAUUUUUCAGGUCUAAGUGCCUGCGAAAGGAAGUCUUUCAUAUUCCUGCGAAAAGAAUUGCCGGUGCGGCUUGCUAAUAUUAUGAAAGAGAUACACUUGCUGCCGGACAAUCUGCUGAGGAUGCCUAGUGUGGGUAUUGUGAAUAACUUAUAUGUCACUUCUUUCGAGGAAAUAAUACACUUCGAGAAGUCUGAUGUCAACGAUACCACUUUAGACAAAUUCUGCCAGGCUUUGAUAAAGAUCCGGAACAGACACACCGACGUUGUUCAAACGAUGGCGCAAGGCGUUUUGGAACUGAAGGAGUCCUAUGACGUGGACGUUCAGACUGAAAACAGCAUACAGUAUUUCCUAGACAGAUUUUUAAUGUCCCGCAUUUCCAUUCGUAUGCUGAUCAAUCAGCACACGCUCCUUUUGGUGGGACAGUUGAACGGGCACAGUAGACAUGUAGGAUGUAUAGAUCCGUCCUGUGACGUGAUCGGCGUCAUUAAGGACGCUUACGAAAACGCACGCUUUUUGUGCGAUCGAUAUUAUCUGGCUAGUCCGGAAUUGAUAGUCAAGCAACAUAAUGAGCUUGAACAUAAUAGUGAAAUUAGAAUCAUUUAUGUGCCGAGUCACAUGUAUCAUAUGUUAUUCGAGCUCUUCAAGAACAGCAUGCGAGCCGUUAUGGAGCAUAUUGGAUCGGACUCCAACAAUUAUCCGCCACUCGAAGUUCUGUUGGUGCGUGGUAAAGAGGAUAUUAUAUCCGACAGGGGUGGCGGCAUUCCUCGUUCACAAACGGACCAUUUAUUUAAGUAUAUGUACAGCACCGCUCCGCAGCCGAGUAAAUCGGAUGAUGCUCACACGGUACCACUUGCGGGAUACGGUUACGGUUUGCCAUUAUCUCGGCUCUACGCCAGGUAUCUGCACGGUGAUAUCGUGCUGCUUAGUUGUGAGGGUUACGGAACAGACGCUAUUAUCUAUUUGAAGGCAUUAUCCACAGAGGCAAACGAGUUGUUGCCAAUAUUUAACAAGACUUCGUCCAAGUUUUACCGCAUGCCGAUACCUAUUGCGGAUUGGAGCAGCCAAUGCGGUGGUGGGAUGGCGACGAGGCAACUUAGUAUGAGUCAUACUCAGGGUCACAGACUCCCCCAUGGGAUGGAAAUCAGUCAUUUAUAGCAGAAUGCUAUUGAUCAGGAAACAAUUGGGGAGCUCAGAAAGAUUUUUGAUUGCAAGUCGCAAAGAAUGUUUUAAUGGGAAAGCUAGAUCUGCAUUUGAAGUUAGGACGAAUCUGUGAAGACUAUUCUUUUUCAAAUAUGAGAAACAACUAUAGUUAUUAGACAGAUGAAAUACUACAUUGGCCAGAAAAUUAAUAUUGAUAAUCUUCCUUGUGCCGCAGUUGCAUUACAUAUCAAAGAAAUUUGAUUACACACAGA